AUGACAGACAAAGUCUCCCGCUGCAUUCAGCACCGCGGUCUUGCUGUGCCUGCUACUAUGCAAUCAGCAAUUUCUCACACCCAACCAUGGGACUUGUUUCUCUCUGAAGUUUCGACUGCAUUAGACAUACCUCUGGCGCUUGUGGAUCCGGAGUCCAGCUUUGUUGAAAAUGGGGGUGACUCUUUGUCAUUCAUCGGACUGAAAGCUGGAUUGAGCAAGUACGGAAUACUGGUUACAUUCGAGUCUGUCUUUUCUGCCAGAAAGUUGAUCCAUCUUGCUUCAAUUGUCAUCGAAGAUUCUUCGCGUGUCAAGAACAUUUCCCUAUUGCAUUCGGGCUUUCCGGAUGGCUCUACCAAGAUCACGAGUUUCGACGCAAUUGAACCACACCCGAAGCGCAUUCGCCGCACAUCAUAUUCGCUUACAGUGGCUCAGACCUGGGCCGAGCAGUCACUUUCGAGAUGUCCAGUAACCGAAAUGCAGCGUUGCCUAGUUCGCUCCACCCAGUUCAGCCCCGGCCACAACGUUAUCGAGUAUAUCGAGACGCAUCGAACGGACCGUAUUCCUGAGCUGAAGCGAGCAUGGAUGGAAGUCUUGGGCACCGAGGAACUGUUCAACAAAUCUUUCAAAAUUGACGGUUCUGAGAUUUAUCUCGAGCAAGACAGAGGAAGAACAUUUAUUUGGAAGGAAAUCACCGUGGACAACGAGACCGCAUAUCGACAAGAAGUUGAAAACCCCUCAGAGAUUACUGCUCCCGAAAGCUUGGUUGAAUGCGGAUUCAGGGUCAUUACGCUCCAAGAAUCUCCCGGGUAUGAAGGCAAGAGCGCCGUGAUCUGGCGGGUCCAUCACGCCAUCAUUGAUGCCGCUUCAUGUGCUCUUGUUCGAUCGAGAGUCCGCUUGGGAGACAGAGCCCAGACACAGCCUCAAAUGGCCCUUUCGUUUACUUCCUUCUCCUUACAGCUUCAGUCUCUUCAGAAACAAGGGCGCGAAUCAGCAACUGCCUUCUGGGCCCAACAAAUCAAAGACCACCCAUCCCCAGCCCUGAGCCUGCCACUUCCGCUCCCUUCAAACAUCCCCUUCGACAAUCGUCUUGGAACAUUCUGGCUUCAAUUCGAGUUGGAUAAGCUAAAGGAGUAUUGCAGACGAGCCAAAGUCACUGUGGCGUCGCUCUUUUACGCGGCAUGGGGACUUGUCUUGGCCAGAUACACCGCAUCCGACCACGUUUGUUUUGGCGUCGUCUUCUCCGGCCGGAGCCUUCCCAUUGCUGGAGUAGAGACUGUUGUUGGGCCUACGAUCAAUACGUUGCCAUUCUACAUCUCGAUCGAUGCUGAGGCGACCGUCGAACAAUAUGUCAGCCAGGUCUUUGCCUCGCUCGUGCGCUUGACCUCGUUUCAGUGGAGCGAGCCGGACCACGGGUUUUCAAGAAACUUCUCUUCGGCCGUCAACGUCCGAUUGGAAACGCCACCAGCCCUGACUGGCGAUUCCUUCGAACCGAUCGAGCAUCCUUACUACAGAGUAGUCUCGGACUUUCCACUUCAUAUCGAAGUUGGGAAUUGUGGCCGUGCCUGUCUUUCUUACAAUACCCAGACUUUCUUUGCUGCGCAUAUUGGUCGGGUGGGCACGAUGUUUGCCGCAGCUCUGGAUGCUAUAAUAGAUAAGCCCGGGAAGACCGUUGGGUCGUGCUUGGAAUCUAUCAUCGGCAAUCAACAGGUAGUGCAACUGGCCAGAAUGGGGAAUUGGUCGUCUGGCUGGCUUACAUCAGAUUCUAUUCAAGAUGACCUGAUCUCGCUCUUCUCUCGAGCUGCGGAGAAAUACCCAACAAAAGUGGCUAUUGAACGUGGUCCUCAUGUCCUAACAUAUGCCGAGCUACACGAGAUGUCGUCCUCCCUUGCCAACUACCUCCUGACUAGCUGCAACAUCAGGCCAGACGACGUCAUAUGCGUUCAUGCUGAUGGCUCAGUCUACUGGAUCGUUGCCAUAUACGCGGUCCUGAAAGCCGGUGCGAUUUACUGUCCUCUCGAUGAGCGGCUACCUGACAUCACCAAAAGAACAAACUUUGCAGCCGCUGGCGCAAGGCUGUUUCUUGUGGGUAAUACCUCAGCUCUGUCAUCCAGGCCUGCUCCGAUCGAGCCCUGCCUUUCUAUAGAAGAGCUACUUGCAAGAAUGGAUCCACCAGUCCUGGAGGCUCGACAGCAUGUGGUACGUCCUAAUGCUGAUGCAUAUAUUUGUUUUACAUCCGGCUCGACAGGCAAGCCCAAAGGUGUCAUAUGUCGCCACAAUGGCUUAGUAUCGUUUCAAAACGAUAUCGAUAUUCGACUACAAGCCCGCCCUGGAUCGAGAAUCGCUCAAAUCAUGUCGCCGGGAUUUGAUGGCAGCAUUCAUGAGAUCUUUUCAGCUUUAAGUUAUGGCGCCACGCUGGUAUUGAAGGACCCAUCAAAGCCAUUCAAGCAUUUGCAAAUAUGCGACGCUGCUAUUCUCACUCCGUCGUUGGCCGAAGCUCUCGAUCCGAACAGCUUUCCAGAUCUAAAAACCGUAUAUUUUGUCGGGGAGGCUGUUUCUCAAAGUCUUUGCGAUACCUGGGCGUCACUGAAACAGGUCUUCAACAUGUAUGGGCCUACCGAAACGACCUGUGGAGCAACGAUCAAGCGUCUGAUUCCGAGACAGCUCGUAACGCUUGGCAUUCCGUGUGCCUCAACCCGUCUAUAUGUCCUUGAUAAUCAACAGAAAUUGGCUCCGUGGGGCACUAUUGGCGAGAUUUACAUCACCGGUGUGCAAGUUGCUGCUGGCUAUGUUGGUCGACCUGAAGAGACUGCGAGGAGAUUCUUACCAGACUCCAUCAAUCCGCAGUAUGCCCGACAGUCUAUGUACAAGACUGGGGAUCGAGCAUACUGGAAUGAGGAUCGAGAGUUGUCCUUCAUAGGCCGUGUAGACCGCCAGGUCAAACUCCAAGGAUUUCGGGUUGAUCUGGGUGACGUCGAGGCCCGAAUGAUAAUGGCAAACAAGCGCUGCACUGCAGCUGCAGUCGUUUGUAUGCGGGACCACCUCGUUGCUUUGGUUCAGCCCGCUGAUUUGGAUUUGGACGAUUUUGGGGCUCGGAUUCGCGAACAUCUCCCUGCUUACGCAGUUCCACGUUAUAUUAAAUCCGCAAGCACUUUCCCUGUGACCCCAAUUGGGAAACUCGACUACAAAGCCAUCGCAGUACAAGUACAGCCCGCCUUCGAACCAUUGUCCACAACAAUUUGCCAGAGAACACAUACUGUGGAAACAAUACGGUUGAAUGCCAUCGAGGAAAUAAUCAUUUCCGAGCUUAAAGCGGUGGCUGGAUUGCAACAUGGCGUUGAAAUCGACCUGGAGUCUUCUCUUGACGAUAUCGGGGGAAAUUCGAUCCUCGCGUUGUCAUUUCAACGUCGUCUCUCGCGAUCAUUUAAGCGACCCAUUCCGAUAUCGACGAUCCUGGAGACAAGGACUAUCAAGACUAUGGUGGAACAUAUUGCAUUAUUUCAUUUCUCACAAGAACAAAGAUCAAAGCCAACACAUUGCGUGGACAUGGUACUCGGCGAUCAAGGUGUUGCGCCGAUUGAAGCUGAAUGGUGGCAGAAAUACCAACAGAAACCGAAUUGCGGCAAAGCGUCCUUCAACGUCACUUACGCUUGUCGGCUACCUGUCUCUCUCGACCAAGCGAGAUUCAUUGCUGCAUGGGACACUUCUAUCAGCAGACAUCCCAUCCUCAGUUCCAGGUACCGGUGGGACUUAGAUUCCCAAAGCCUGGUGAGGCACUACGCUCAACAACCACCCGCCUGCAGACAGGUCGCAGCGAUUGACGUUCACCACGAAGUCAACGUUCCAUUCCACCUCGAGGCGGGCGAGGACCUCAUCCGAGUCUCGGUCUCUCGAACGCACAUGCUCGUUGUGGUCAGUCACAUCAUCUGCGAUCUGACGACCCUAAAUAUUCUGCUGCGAGACGUAGCGGAGACUUAUUACGGCAUAGAGCUGAAGCCCGUAGGAAAGACGCAUUUCCAAACGACGCGGGCGAUACCUGCUGCGUCUGAACAAUUAUCCUUCUGGUCGGAUUAUCUUGCUGGCGCUCCUUGCGUUUCUGACUCACGCAAGGGCCGAACUCUCUUCAAGCAAAACAGCCGGACGACCUGGUCGGGGACAUCUCACGUUGUUGAUGUCCGCGACGAAACGCACCUGGCCAUGCGCAACUUUUGCUCCGCGCACAAGAUCACCAUGCAUCAACUCGUUCUCGCAGCAGUGGCCUUGGCCUUGCAAUUCGAUUCCGAAGACUGUGAUAUUGUCCUUGGGGCGCCAUAUCUCAACCGGCCGUCUGAAGAGGACAUGCAAGUUGUCGGUCUGUUCCUUGAGCCGCUUCCGAUCCGAAUCCGGUAUCCUUUACUGGGGCUCGAGAUGUCCCGGGACAAGUCGGACGUGCAUCCGACAAACGUGUGUUCGUUCAUCAGUGUCGUGCAGCAGUCAUGUAGAGCGGCAUUGUCGCAUGCAAUGCCCUGGCACCAGCUUCUAUCACACCUGGGUAUCGGAGCCAAGUUUCCAAAUCACCCCUUGUUCGACGUCAUGGUUACUUUCCACGAGCCUAGCCAAGAAGUUGAGUUUCCCGUCGAGGGCAUCGAGUUUCUUCCCACCUGGACCGAAGGUGCCAAGUUUUGCAUUAUGGCCGAGUUCACAGCUAGAAGCAGUGGCUCUUUGAGUAUGAGACUGGAAUAUAGUGAUGAGUGUCUCGAAGAGACAGGCAUUCAUCUGAUGGCAAACUUGGUGCUAGAGGCAAUCGAGGCCUUGGUGGUUGGUGAUGAUUAUCCAGUUAUUUCAAAUAGGCUUAAGUCUGUGUCCAGGACGAGGGUCCUUGAGGAUGAGAAUCUGGAUGUAGAGGGCCAGUGA